UACGUGCAAAAGUAAAGGGGAUCAUACACGUGAUCUAUGCCCUGCUCCUCACAGUUAGCGGGUUAGAAGAGGCACCCCCAGAGUGCAGCGAUGAUCCACUGGCGUUCCACGUAAUCUUAUGCCUGUCUAUUAAAGCGUCGAGAUGCGAGUUCGUUUGACAGAGAGUACGCGUGUUUGAGUGGGUCGGACGGUAUUAUCCUCGCAUAACGUGCGCUCCAAUACAAAAAUGUCAACACUGUGUAUUACGAUAUCGAUCAGCUGAGAGGGGGAGACACUGUAUCGUAAAAGAAAAAAAAAAGUUUGUUCAGUUUUCAGAGAGUUGUAAAAAUUUGGGGAGACACUAUGAAGUGGCCGCAUUCUCUGUGGAUGGGGAUUUUAUUGUGUGUUAUCAGUGUACAUUCUCAGGAAAAAUGUCCCGAGAAAUGUGUGUGCAUUCGAGGUUCCACGGUGCGAUGCAUGUUUCUGCAGUUGGAUAGGGUGCCUAUAGGAAUUCCCACGUCUACAACAGUUUUAGAUUUAAGAUUUAAUAGAAUAAGAAACAUUCCAAAAGGAACAUUUAGACAAUAUGGAAAAAUAACCACUUUACUACUUAAUAAUAACCAGAUACAAAGGCUAGAGGAUGGCGCAUUUGAAGGCCUUUCAGAAUUAAAAUAUUUAUAUUUAUAUAAGAAUCAGAUCAAGUCUAUAGAAAGCCAAGCUUUCAAUGGCUUAGAGAAUCUCCAGCAAAUAUUCUUGCACCAUAACAAAAUACAGACAAUUUUGCCUGCUUUGUUUUCACAUUCCCGUAAUCUUCGAAGAUUACGAUUAGAUUCGAACUUACUCAACUGUGAUUGUGAUAUGAAAUGGUUUUCCAAAUUUCUGAAGACGAAUAUAGGAAAAAUCCACGCCACAGCAACAUGUCACGGCCCCGCCGAACUCAGGGGGAGACCACUCAUUCAGCUCACAGAUUCAAACUUCGGCAACUGCGACACCCCGCACUUCACCAUGGAACCCCGAGAUGCGAUAAUCACAAUGGGAAACACAGCGUAUUUUUCUUGCCGUGCAGAAGGAAACGAAAACUACAAGAUUUCCUGGCUUCAUAAUGACGUAGAAGUGAACUUGCGAGACAACAGAGUGUCAAUGCUGAAUGACGGAACAUUAAUGAUUCACAACACCGUGGACUCGGAUAAAGGCACCUAUCAGUGUGUGGUCCGGACUCAGGACCAGGAAAUCCGCACAAACAAAGUCCAGCUCACUUACUCCAGAGCAGCCCCAUCUAUGGUCACCACCCCGUCUGACUCCAGCGGACAGAUUGGUCAGUCUAUACGUCUGUCCUGUCAGGCCACAGGAAUCCCUCCCCCCACCAUUACCUGGAAAUUUAAUGAUGUCACCAUUGUACCCAGCAGUAAAUAUAAUGUGGACUCCAUAGGAAAUCUAGACAUCAGUGACCUUCAGCUCUCAGAUCAAGGGGCGUACACAUGUCAGGCAGGAAACGAGGAAGGAUUCGCUGUAGCUGAGGCUAGAGUGACAAUUCAAGGCGAGGCCCCUGUCAUUGUACAGCUACCCUCAGACCUGUCCCUGAAUGAGGGGGACACAGCCAGAUUUACCUGUGAAGUAUCAGGGAACCCCCGACCAAACAUCACAUGGUACAAAGGAAAUACUGAAGUCUUGACCAAUGAUAGACGGAUUCAGAUUGUGAAUGAAGGGAGACAACUGCGGAUAGUUUUACUUCAGUCUACAGACAGAGGGACAUACAGAUGUAGGGGAGAGAACACUGCAGGGGUAGUGGAAAGUAGCUCAGCCAGAUUAACAGUCACACAAACAGCUGUGCCUGUCAAUAACAGAGAACAUGAUACAGAGGGGCGAAUUGGAGAGGACAUUGUUUUGUUGUGUGCCGAGGAUGCUGAUCCACUGCAAGCCACGAGGUGGAUCCGAAAUGGUGCGUCCAUCUUACCAGGACCCAAAUACUCUCUCCAGGGGAACCGCUUAACUAUCAGACAGGCCACCCGGUCUGACUUUGGGAGAUAUGAGUGUUUCCCAGAAAACACUUUGGGAUUUGCCAGGAAUGUAGUAAAUUUAAACAUUGGAGAAAGAGAAAUCCAGACCAAUUAUUCCGGCCACACUUUCGUGGACCCAGCCAUUAGACAGGCGACUAACCGAGUUGACUUGGCAAUUAACCAGACGAUCCGAAAUCUUUUUGACAAGAAUCGCACUCACUCAGUUCAGGAUCUCAUUACAAUAUUCCGCUAUCCAUCUGCCGAUGCCCUACAACUGGCCAGGGCCGAGGAAAUAUUUGAGCAGACGCUGGAAAUCAUACAGAGACAUGUUAGUGAUGGCCACAAGUACAAUCUAAGUGAUGAUAAAGUAUCCAGUUACAAGAAGAUCCUCUCUCCUGGUCAUCUGGAACUCAUUGCCAACAUGUCCGGAUGCUUUUCCAAUCCACGGAUUAUCCGUUGCUCUGAGAUGUGUUACCACAAGAGAUUCCGAUCCAUGGAUGGGCUUUGUAACAACCUACACAAUCCAACUUGGGGAGCCUCUGUUAUUGCUUUACAAAGAAUGCUCCCUCCUAUCUAUGAAAAUGGAUUCAACACUCCCGUUGGUUGGAAUCCCUCCAAGCUGUACAAUAACUAUCACCUGCCAAGCCCACGUCUGGUGUCCUCAUUUCUAAUGUCCACAGAUCACGUGACAAUGGACGAACACAGUACUCACAUGUUGAUGCAGUGGGGUCAGUUUCUGGACCAUGACAUGAGCCUGACCCCUCAGUCCGUCAGUAACGCUCGCUUCAGCGACGGUCGCUAUUGCAACGAGACUUGUGAGAAUCAGUAUCCCUGUUUUCCCAUUACUGUUCCACGGAGUGACACUCGCAUUCAACAUGCGUCUUGUCUUGGAUUCUCGAGGAGUAGUGCUAUUUGUAAUUCAGGGAGUACCUCAGUGUUCUAUAAGACAUUUACUCCCAGGCAGCAGCUUAAUGCCAUCACUGCAUUCAUAGAUGCAAGUGCCGUCUACGGAAGCAGUGAUUUUGAAGCUCAGAGAUUAAGGGAAUUCACAAAUGGACGUGGACUUUUGAGACUGGGAGUAUUAACCAGAAAUAAUAAAAGACUGUUACCUUUUGAUACAGGCAAUUUUCUUCAUCACUUCGACUGCCAAAUUGAACCAAGUAAGAGACAUGUUCCCUGCUUCAGAGCUGGAGAUAAUCGUGUGAAUGAACAUUUAGCCCUCACUGCCAUGCACACUUUGUGGACGAGGCACCACAAUUAUGUAGCUACUGAACUACUAGCUGUGAACCCACACUGGGAUGGAAAUAUAUUGUACCACGAAUCUAGGAAAAUCUUAGGUGCUAUGAUGCAGCAUAUUUCUUUUAAAUUCUGGUUACCUCAAGUCAUAGGAGAAGCUGGGAUGGGAAAGCUUGGGUCAUACAAGGGCUAUGACCCGAGUGUCGACCCAUCCAUUUCAAAUGAAUUUGCCACUGCAGCAUUCAGGUUUGGGCAUUCUCUAGUCCAACCAAUCAUGUUCAGACUCAAUGAAAGUUUUAGCCCCAUUCAAGAAGGAAAUCUUCCCUUACACAAGGCCUUCUUUUCUCCAUACAAAAUCUUGGAGGAAGGGGGCAUUGACCCACUUUUGAGAGGCCUCUUUGGUGUGGCCUCCAAGAAGCGAAUGCCGGAGGAAGUGAUGAACAAAGAGCUGACAGAGAAACUCUUCUCUCUGGCAAAUGCUGUGGGACAGGACCUGGCCUCCCUCAACAUCCAGAGGGGCAGGGACCACGGUCUGCCAUUCUACAAUGAUUACAGGGAGAUCUGCGGCAUGAAAAGGGUCACUAGUUUUGAUGACCUUGCAAACGAGAUGCCACAGCGCAAUGUGAGGAACAAACUUCAGGCGCUCUACGGACAUCCAGACAACAUUGAUCUGUUUGUUGGGGGAAUGGCAGAGAAGCCGGUUGAUGGAGGCAAAGUUGGACCAACAUUUUUAUGUAUCAUUGUAGACCAGUUCAAAAGAACAAGGGAUGGAGACAGGUUCUGGUAUGAAAACCCUGGAGUAUUUGAGUCUAACCAGCUGUCUGAGCUACAGCAGGUGACACUGGCUCAGGUGAUCUGUCAGAGUAGUGAUAACAUACAGAGAGUUCAGAGGGACGUGUUCAUCAAGGCCGAGAGUGAUGCCGACUACCUUAACUGUUCUAAGAUCCCCAAACUCAACCUUAAAGUUUGGUCUGAUUGCUGUACAAAUUGUGAGAAAUCUGGAAACUUCCAGUCUCUAACCAACCAUUUCCGAAGGGCACAGAAUUCCCAGUUUUCCCAUCGAGAGGACAGAGAGCAUAACACCAUACUAGGGUCACAACCUCCAGCAGACAAUACUCAGAUACAAACCCUCAACGACCAAAUGUCAGCCAUUGACACAAAGUUCUCAAAAAUGGAAAAUGAGAUCCAGACACUGACAAAAACAGUGGUCACAUUGAAAAGAAAGUGGAGAAAAAUGAACAAAUAUAUGAGGAAGACAAUGAGAAAACCUGGUUGUUAUGACAACAAAGGACAGAAGAGGAAGCACUUAGACUCAUGGGAUGUCAAUAAGUGCAAGACAUGUACUUGUAGGGGAGAUCAAGUUGAGUGUACAAAACAGUCUUGUCCAGUUCUACAAUGUCCCAACCCUAGAUCAGUCCUAGAUCAGUGUUGUCCCGUGUGUUAGUCAAACAGACAGACAGACUGACAAUCAUAUGUGGUGCAAGAGAGAGAGAGAGAGAAAAAUUCCAGAAGAUUGCAAGGGAGAAAUCCCAUUUGUGUGUCAUUAUAGUGAACAAUUGCAAUUAAUGUUUGCACAUUAUCUCAUGGUGCAACAAGGUACCGAGGUAUAUACAUGCAUUAUGUGUUAAAACUGCUAUGAUCAUAGAAUAUAAACAUGCUUUUAAAAAGUAUUACCAUUUGUGUGAAGGAGGGAUAAGUGAUUGUGCAUAUAUUAUCAUUAACUGAAUGUCUCAUGUUUGAAAGGUUGAUUUUUAUAUUUUGUCUCCACAUUUACGAGAUAUAUUUUCUGUAAUCUUUUUAGUAUGUAGUUCGUUGCUUUUUGUCCCACACUGAAAGCUUUUUUUAUACAAAGGAAGACAAACCCAAGUAUUUUUUUGUUUGGUCUUCCACAUACACGUCAAAGCAAUAUGUUUCAAUAAUUGAAUUUAUCUCCAUAGAAAGAAAGAGCAAAACUCAAAGGAUCUGCUCCUUAAUAUAGAUAUAUAUAUAUAUCUUUUUAUUGCAGUAUCAUGCUAUAUGUUAAUUUGUUUUUUUAAAUGGAUACAGACUCUGAAAUUGAUAUAAAGGCUGAAAAUUAGAUAUGUGUAUACUUCAAAAAAAGAGAAAAUGUCAAAAUAUUUUCCAAGUUACUCAAAUGUGUUCAACAGUUUACCCAAUGUCCUUAAUUAGAAUUUACUGGAUUCUUUAUACACGUGUACUGAAAUGGGUAAUUUGAAAAUUUGCUUGGCUAUGCUAAAAUCAUCCAAUAAUUAUAAUAUUGCAUGCUAUAUUUCUACCUCAAUCCCAGCUUUUCCUAAUACUAACACCUUGUGUAAUUUUUUUGUAUCUUAUCAUUGUAUAAAUUCUUAAAUGUUUGCUGUAAUAUUUUAUAUAAACACUUGCUUAUAUUUCACUUGGAUGAAUGAAUUUUUUCUUACAAGACAAUUUACCUAAUACCAAUGGUAAAAUCAUGAUAGUGAAUUCUUAUUAAUAAGGAAGAUUUAAUAAAUAUUGUCAAUUGUGGACUUCGCAGUGAAUUUUAUCCCCUUACAAGUUCCAUGAAUUUGCUUUGACAACACAAUCCCUUGUGGCUUAAUGGCCAGAAUUAAAAUACUCAAUUGGAAAAUGACUUUUUUUCAGAUCAUUUUUGUAUGCUAUAGCAGUUAAUGCCUCUUUCUUGAUAGUUGUAUUGAGUUCAAUUGAAAAUUUUAUAGUGAAAAUUGGUGCUUCUGUAGCAAGUAAUGCAUGCUAUUUUAGAUACAAGAUAUUCGUUGACAAAAUAAAUUGUGUAUGUUCAUUGCGUACUUUGAAGUUUUAUUGUACUCAUUUCAUUUUCAAAAUGGUGCUUUCUAUGAAUUGUGAUUAGUAGUAAUGGUUUUUUUU